AUUGGCGCGGCGUAUAUAGAGCUGAAGUCGAAUCGAAGACAAGACUAGCCAAAAUUUGAGCGCUUUCUAUGUCAUGGCAGACGACGCUCGAGAUGGGAAGUCCAGCGCCAACGCGUUAUCCAGCGUGUUUGCGGAAAUAUCUCAGCUGCGUUCACGUGAAGCUACGGACAUCACACCGUCCGGCUUCGUUGUCGUGACAAGUGCCAGUUUCUGGAUGGACAUCUUUAUCCGGCACUUCUUGUGUGCUGAGGGCGUGGACCAGCACGAUGACCUUGUGUUCUUUGUGAAGAAGACAGCAUCCAAGGCAGCUCAACGCUAUGUUCCACGCCUGGAGACGACCGUGCAGGUGUUUCGUCGCAACUCCAAGAAACUGCCCAUAGCUGACCUGGACCUGCACUGGGAGGAGACAGUCUACCUGAACCUGAUCGUACAGCAACUGGAGUACACGCUCACGGCAGCCGCGUGCCUUCGCACGGGGAACCAGCAUUUACAGGUCCUGCGACGACGCUCUCAGCGUGUGUACGCCUCUCCUACACGGCAUAGCAUGGAGGACAAAGGGGACACGGAGGAAGUGGCCUACCCGGACAUCUUCUUUGCAGUUGACAAUUACGAGGAGGCUUUCCAAGGGCUGAACCUGAGGCCGGGCGAGCUGCUGUGCGUGGAGCUGUGCGCUCGGUGUCGCGAUGGCCCCCAGGCAGCGCUGCUGUUCCUGGGGUGUGUGGCACACGAGCCCCUUGCUCGGACCCUGGCCCGCGCCGAUGCUUCCUCAUCUGCCACGCCACGGGGCCGGUGCCACUUUGUGGGCCUGAGGGGACCCCAGGGGAGGGGUCAGGCACAGGUGGCGCUGAGGAGGGCGGCGGCUGUGCCAUCACAGGAGUGGCCUUGCGGUCCAUGGCGCCGAAGCUCAGAGCCCGGCUUGGCGCCACCGCCGAACCCGGGACCCCUGCACCGGUGUCGAUCCGAACGGCAGGGCAUCGACCAGUGCGGAACCGGGGAAGAACUUGAAGCUGACGACCUCCGAGACGCUCUUUGUGGAGAAGACUGUGCACCCGUGGGCAGCAACAGAAACGAGGGCCUUUUGGACACCAUGCUGACGUACGUGGCGCUACCGUGGCAUCACAUUGUGGCCGACCUGUUGGACAUCCGACGUGAGCCCCUGCUUACCUUCUAGCUUCAGCUCAUCAUACAAGUGCCAUGGUGGCCGCAUUUUUCUAGUCCGACACAAUGACCACGCCCUCGACACAUUCUCCAGAUCGAAUGUGGUCGAUGGGGGAGACAGCGACACACAAGGGCAGGAUGCUCAGUUCUAGGAAAAUCUCAAAAAUUUCUGUGCCACGAUGUGUUGCAGACAUUGCACUUGAAGGCCUUUUUCUAUCUGUGUGGUGGAAGCAGAUGCGUUGGUUCUUCACCUUACGCCAAUUGUGACUGUACGAGAACGGGUGCGAACACCUUCUGUUUGCGUGCUCAGGCUAUCUGCUGCUGGCACCGUGAGAAUUGGCCAUUCACGCUUGUUGUCUGCGCAAACAUUGUUCAAGAGUUGAGCCUGUCUCAAUAUCACUAGUUGCUGCUUGAUAUUGUUAAACCGAUGACCUGGGGAGAAGGGGGAUAUCCAGAUUAGUAUUGUAUGUUAACCAUACACUGGUACAGGAUUGGUCGGAGCCAAGCACGUACGCUCCAUUCCUUGUGCCCUGGAUGCUAAAAUUCUGUUCAAAGUUUAGAAACAUUAAACAGAACACAUUUCGGCCAUUAAAUUUUGUGCAGGCAUCGCCCAGCAUGAGUGUGCAUAUUGCAACGUGCAGCAGCUAAUAGGUACUUUCAAUUUUAAAAAUUGAUGUUGCGCUACUGUAUCCUUUGUGUGUUUUGUUAGUCUUUAAGCUUGCGCAAGUCAUCAUAACGAAGCACAGCCAAGUAUUCCCUCUCCCUACACUGUUGAACUUGAUUAGCUGUAGCUUAGAGGUUCCAGCCUUGUGACGAGUCCUACAAUACCAGAUAAUAUUAUAAUUAUCGAGUGUGGUGUCUGCUGCAAAAUUAAGACAUUUCACAUGAUUUCCUACAUUUGUACAAGCACCAAGAGCGUGCACAUCAUCACACGUGUGGUCAGCAGCUCAUCAUAAGUUUUUACAAAAGUUGCGGUAUUCUCAUGAUGCAGUAGCGCACACUAAAACUUAUCUUUGCUUGCCAUUGACAGAGUGCGUCUAGCACAGAGACAUAUUUUUAUAACGUUGCAGCAGGCAGGAGUCCUGCAUUGCAUUUGUAUGAAAAUUAUUUACUGCAGCUUUGUUACACCACACGCAGGCACCAAAUAUCUUCCAGCUCAAGAAACGACAUCAAUAUAUUUGCGUAAUGGCAUGUAGAAAAUUUUCAAUAUGCACGCUUUUCUCUUAUUCUUUUUGUCCCAGCACUGCAUACAUUGAUAGAGCCUUGCCUACAAGAUUUGCAAUCAUGCCUCAGUGACAAAAAUGUCACUGUGGUGUUACUAAGAGUAGAAAAAAGGCUGGUUUCGGUUUGGAAUCUGUAAGCCAUGCAUGGGAGCUGCACUUGUGGUCACUUGUUUAGACAUGUUUGGAUGAAAACGUUGUUAUGCACAAGGAGGACAAAAUUGGACAACACAAACGUAAUCGCUCUCUUUGUGGUGCGUGCUUCGUCCAGUUUUGCGCCGUUUAUAACAGCAUGUUUAUCUAAGCUGCGUAUGGGUGCACAGCUGUGUGGGCACAGUUGAUUAGAAGGGUGGCAUUGGUUAGGCAGCAUUGCCGUUAUCUUUCGUCGACAGUGAAAGCAUGCUGUCCCUGAAAUGAUUCCGUCCAUACCAGGUUCUUGGUGUAGAAUUCAAAGUCGCGGCAGGUGCGACAGCGCUGACCGUGGCACUGUCAGCUGUAGUUCUCACUUGUUGGACGCUAUUUUGGAUGAUUACUUCAGUCUUUGUAAAACUGCUUUUCUUCUGGCAAGAAAUUGUCGGCAAUUGCUACUGUGUGUACUCAACAGUUGUGUACAGGCCUCACAAGCUGUGCACAACCGUUUAUCCUGAGCAGGCGGAAGUGAUAAUAGAACCAAUACAAAGUCUAAGUGAGCCAUAAUGUUUGUCAGAAGAGAUUAUGCUGAAGCACGUGCAGUUUUUACUGGUGUGUUCACACAUGUUGUGUUACUUGCCACAGAAUGAUUGGACCAGUGGUCUCAGUAUGGCUUGCUAAAUCUGUGCAGUGAGAUGAGCAUCAACAUCAAUCGUCACUGCACAUAUUUAUCACUAGGUAUUCCCGGUGUUACUCAGCUUGCAGUGUGUUGAAUGAUGAGGCUUCACACUUUGCCUGCACUGGCUGAACUAGUUUAUGCUGUGCAGUAAUUGGCUUCUUUGGUUGGUCUACUGAGUGUGAGUCACAUGUAGACCACUCCACUUGCUGUGAAGCCAGUUAACUGUCCAAUUGCACUGCAGAAAUAAUUGAACAUUGAUGCUACAUUAAACAUUCUGUAGAACCCUGCCAACAAGCACCGAGUAUUUGCGUGCCAACAUUACGAAUGUUGCGGGGCGUGUUUUGUCGACAUUAUCAACACCGUUUCUGCAACAUCAGCACAGGUGUUGCAUCAGUACAGGCCUGCAUCGGAGCAGUUCACAUUUUAUUUAUUUGCUCGCAACAGCGUCUGACAAUUGUUCGCAACUGCAUAACAGUGCCAUUGGACUGCAUACAACAACCUUGGACAGUAUUUGCAGGGAAGCCUAAUGUACUCUCAUGAAUGAAUAUAGUGUCAUCAGCGACUUCCUUUACAUUGUUCAAUCACCAUGAAAUAUGCAUGCUUCACAAAGUAGUGAAAGGCAUAUGAAUACCACACUCAAGGAUUGUACAUAGGCCAACAACAUUGUAAUACUCAGUUGCAUCAUCAUCAUCAGCCAUUGCUACCACAGCCGUAUCAUAGCCAAAGCCAUUGACUCGCAUGUUGUUGCUGCUCACAUAAAUGCAUAAUAAUUACUAACUUGGUGAGCUGUAGCUCCCAUGAUCGUCUCGGACAUCCUGUAAUGCGAGAACGUUGAAACCUUGGCAGUUUGGCUACUUAUUAUUCACUCUGGCCUAACUGACAUCAGGGUUUAAAUGUGUGCAAGCCCAUUUGCUGAUAAUGUUGACCCUUGAUAUUACAAACAUGGCUAUAAUAAAUAGCUGCAUAUAAUUAAACAAAUCUAAAAUGUUUCUUGCCAAUAUCAGUGUGUAGUGAUUAUAUACUUAUGAUGACUAUCGAAUAUAAUAAAGAUAUUUUCGUGUCAGGUCGAACUCAUGAUAUUAGUGGAGUUCAACUCUACUGCCCUGCUACAAGGUCAUCUCAGUAGUGCUCACUCCCUCCUAAUGGUGGCACUUUAGAAGUUAGGAGAAAAAGGAGACUGCAUCAAAGAAGUUGAGAGAAAGUGAAAUGUUCUAUGUUCGCUACUGUCUUUUAUGUGUGCUACAUAAUAGACGUUGAACCAACACGAUCUGUUAACCUUGCGCAACAGACCUAUGACCUUGCAUCAGCAUCCUACUAGCUGGGAUGUUUACCAACUGGUGGGUGACCAACUAGCAUGUUAUGAACUAGUAAGUUUGCCAACUAGCAGGCUGUAACUCUGCUAGGCAUUCUUCUAAACUUGCUUAACAGACCUAUGAACUCACACUGGCAGCCAACUAAUCUAAUCUAACUAAUCUAAUCUAAACUAAUCAGUUUCAUGCCCAGUGCAUGGACACAAUUUCAUAUUCCGCUGCUGGCUGCGUUUCUUCCUUUGGACAUGCUGUAAUCGUUUCCACGGUAAUGCUGCAUGCAGGUUUAUAUGCAGCCACAAUCAGGUAGUCUGCAUUUACAUUGCAUGAUGAAAUGCUGCACGUGCUACCAACGAAAAGGUACUGAAUUGCAAUGUCUGCAACACAGUGUUUUGCAGUGCUUUGGGUUCCUCAUUGGCAUUCACAGCAAAUUGUUUUUCUGUCUAGUCAUUCCAUGCACCGCUGGCUCGCAGCUGCUGGUCAGCUGCCUAGAGAGUGUCGGCCGACAAAGCUCAAAACAAUCUGAGACGGCAGUGUUUUAACUCGUGCAGGCAGCACUGUUGUCCACACUCGCCCUCGGAAGACUGCAUUUUUAUUUUUGGAGCAAAGCAUUGUCACACUCCCCAGUUUGUGCAAGUCAUUUGUACUUCUAGUCUUUAGUCAGGUUCGUAAGGUAGAACAAACACACGUGGCUGUCACCAUGGAGGAAGGAAAAAAAUAACUGAGCCGCCCUGAUGCCAAUCUCUGUGAAGCCUCCUCGAACCGGUAACUCCAUUUUAUGGUCGACUCCUUCUCGCCACCUGCCCUUGCUCAUUUCGAAGCCAAGCGCAUCUCCUCCACACUUUGUACCGCGCCGUCCGAGGUCACGUAAGUCACGGGGAGCAAACAGGGCCCUUAGCAACCAUAUCAAAUCAUUCAGAGAUCACAGGAUGUUUGGGGGCGGGAAUAAAAAAAGAUAAGCUGGCUUGACUGGGCCCUGCCCCCAAGAAAUGGCAAAUAAUAAAAUAGUGCGGGUAGCUAAACAGGUCACAUAAGGGUGUAUUAACAAUGGGCAUAGAAAAGAGCUUCAGCAUUGUCCAGCAAAACAGAUCGGACAACCUUAUAUAAAUUGGUAGGCAACAACAGAUGUCAGUUAGCGCGAAAUAAAUUUCUAUAAGCAAAAUGAAAUCUGGCGAUGAAACCAGACUCCAUGGUGCAAAGCAUGGAACACAUGAUGUAUAAAAGUGUGGGUAAUGUAAUGUGUAUUACGGUUUGCCCUAUAAAUGAGAACGAAGAAGGCCUAUAAUGACGCACGACUUUCAUUGCAUUUAUCAUAAUGCAUCUUGGAUAGUUGGGUUUUUCCUCAGUUUUUCUUCCUCCAUCGUGGCUGUCACCUUACGAAUUAUUCAUUUGAUAGCACUCGUGUUGAAAAUUACAUUCUAAAUGCCUUUUGCAUUAAUUGUUUUAUAAGGAACACGUCAUUUGGGAGAUAGUUGAUGUGCCUAGUGAUAGUUAUCUUGGCGUGAUCGAUCUUUAACUUUUCACCACAGAAAAAAAAAUUUAAAAUUGAAGUCGUGCAGUAGACAGUUUACAGUCUGGUGGGUUUGCAUUAGUACAUCUGUUGAGCAAAAGAGAGAGAGAGAAGUGUUUGUUUUGAAGUACAGAGAGUCAUGCCAGAGACACCAUAAUUGAGACAAAGACCCGAACUAGCGUGCCAACAGAACGGUCAGCAUUUGCAAGGGGUUUGCAUGCUCAGCACUGCUUGGCUUCAGUGAGCGCGCAACAACUGCUGUAUUGACCAUGACACUCGAUGAGAGGAGUACUAACUUUUUUUUGAGGAAGUGGCAUAUGGUGUUUGCACCGUGUGUGAAAGAAAUACCUUGUUGAUGUAUUCAGAGUUUUGGUGAGAACUGCUCUAACUCUCACAUCACUGAUAGAGCAAGCAUUUUGUUUGUUCCGGAAAGUGGAGCUGGCUGUACUGCAUGCGUGAAACAAAAAAGUCUUGUAAAUAUAUUUUCGGAGUUCACUGGGGCUAUUCAGUACUCUCUGUUCACCUAGAGCAGAGCUUUUAACACAAAACCUAAUUUGGAGCUCUUAUUCUGUAGGAUUGUUAACGGUGAUGGUUGAAGACGCAGAGUUUAAUGGAAGACCAGAAAACCUAGAGGCAAACGACAGCCUGGGGCAGUAUUAUGUAUGAAUACUUUUCUCUUAUAGUAUAUAUUCGUUUAUGACCACCCAUCGCAGCGAAUGGCUGAUAGUAGUGGCAAAGUAGAUGUAAGGUCAUUCUACCCAAUGCUCAAGGACAAAAAAAAUGGAAAACAAAAAGAACCUUUACACAAUAUGGCCCCUGAGCUCUUCUCGGGGUACUGCAUCACCGCAGGUGCAUGGGAAGUAGAUGACAUCAAACUAGUACUGAAUACUUGUUCAAGAGGCAGCUGGCAUGAAACGUAGUUUCCUUGAAAAAUUUCUGGAGGAAGCUUUUGUGCUAGCGACUGUGGGAGCUGCAGGCACUCCUAAACUUUAUCCUUCUGGCUUCAAACAGCUCCGUUACUUGCGAAUUGUUCAACAAAAUGUUGAGUUAUGAAAUGAACAAUUCACAAUGAUUAUGCAUGUGCGCAGAGUUUUAUUGGCUUCAUGCAUCUAGAGAAUGAUUGCUUGAAAAUUUAGAACGAUGAAGCAUAAUAAGUAAUGCUCCAAGAACCUCUGAAGCCACAAGCACGAAAAAUAGACGAAUCUGAAGUUCUAAUUAUGUACAUUCUCAUGGUUAGCUGAACGAUCACAGUGCCAGUUUCCUGUAGUAACUUUUUUGAGAAACUAUGGCAGGAAAGACGUGACAGAAAACACAAAGUGUAGAGAUUAUAUAAUGGCAUUGGAUAAAAGCGAGUAAAAAAAUUUCAUUUUUUAUGAUUGACUUACAAUGUGGAAGAAAUAACGACAACAUUAAAAAAAAGAAAAACUCUGCCAGCCUAUCUUUAACCAUGAAAAAUAUGAUGGGUACAGACAUCGUGAGAAGUUGCAAUGAGCAAGGAACAAGUUGACAAUGCAAUGUCUUUUUUUUAUAAGCACUUCACUUUCAUUAUUGCACAUCUCCCAGGAAUCGCAGUUCCUUCAUAGAAAAGCUUUAUUGAAGGUGUGGUGACAUGACAGUUAUCUACACGAGAUUUCCUUGAUUGUUUCCCACAGUGUCUCACUUGUCAAGUUAUAACGGGACAAAACCACUUUGCCAGCAGUAAAUGCUGAAAUGACCAGCUGAGUUUGUGUGUACAUUGCAUAUUCCCAUAGUCUUUCAUUGGGACAGCAUCCGCAUGUCCAUUAUGUAGAGCUUGUCUGUAGAGGCUCCAUGAACACAUUACAGUUGACAGAAUUGUGAAACACCAGAGACUGGCCUCCAUAACAACACUGGCGGCGCUGGCUUGUGAUGGAGAUGUCAUAAGGUGGUGCUGGCGCAAACUCCAUAACCCAUCUGCUAGUGCAAACGCAUCAGCAGCAACUAUUAUUAGUAAGUUGUAGUGGAUCUCUCUUCGUUUCAUCUUGCAAGGAGAGAUCGGCGCAACACUUAAAGGUUUCCGACACGUAGUUAAAAAAAGCAUCGCAGGAUAGUGCUACCAGCCUUUCAGCUGGCUUCAGUCUCUCCAGUACGUAGGUGUUUCUUAAGCUGUGAUAAAUUCAUGCACAGAGUAAAACUCCCUUAUUCCUUUUUCUGCGAGUUCAAGAGUUUGCAUACAUUUCUUUUUCACAUUUACAGCAUGUGUUUUGUUCCUAGUCUGCGUACGUUUUGUAAAGCCUGGUAGCUUCUUUGUAAGUGUCAGGUCUUCUUUAUGUUAGAAUUCAAUGCAGCAUUUGUUUAUGUGUAGCUGUCAUUAUCCCUGCCAUCCCGCAAGUCAGUCUCGCUCAUUGACACGUCAACAAGCCCAAAUUCACAAGGCAUCACUGUGGGUUACACUUCCCCUGCUAAAUUGCGAUCCAGCUUUGCAUCUUCAUUUGCCGUUGUGACCAAACUGUUAUGAUUGUAGCAUGCACUUUCAGCAGUCUGCAACCAAGUGGUCAUGCGCAGUUUGGUGUUACUGAAUGUGUAUAUGCGAAGUUUUCUUGGCACAUCUUGUCAGCCGUGGUGCUUUCUUGGCCUGCUGUACCUGGCUGGCCACACGAUGUUGAGGUCAUGCAAUCUGUCAACAUGAGCUUUGCCUGUUUGAACCUUGGACUGCUGUUGUACAGUCUUGCGACUUGGUAUUGGACACUUGUCACUGCAGCAUGCACUGCUGGGACUGUGUACUGUCCUUGCAGUGUCCCUUUUAUGUCAGUGUCACAGGUGCAAGAUUAUUGGCGCUAAGUGCUAAGUUCUUUGAUGACAUUACGUCUGUAGUCAGCACAACACACGUGUGUUUAAUGUCAUUAAGUGCUGUGGUAAUGGCAUAUGCAAUCGAUGCAGCAGGUUAUGGUUUGGGGUCACGAUUUUCAAAGAGAAAGGCCAUCUGUCGCUUAAAUGCACAAACAAUUUCACUAAAAAAAUGUUAGCGUUUCUCAAGCAAGAUCUGCUGUUUCAGCUGUGUUUAUGCUCAUGUCUAGAAGCAUCCCUGUCGACUGCUGUCAAAUCCAAAGUUGAUGUGGUUCAAGGAGAAUGUCGGCUCUAGUUUUGACAAUGUGAAACCGAACAGAUGACAGUGCUGAUGAUGAAUGUAGUGUUUUGUGGUGCAAGGGCCAAGUAUGACCAAAGAGCGCCGGGCCAGAACAGAUGACGGUGCUGAUGACUUCUGAUGUGUGAAAAUACUUUCAACAAAUAGUCGUGAUGACUUUGUUGCAUAUGCGUUUCAAGCCAUCUAACCCAAUGUUUCUCAACACAUGCUUUUACUGUUCUAUGGAGUUACUGGAACGGAGCAUGUUGCGAUUGGCACCAAGUCCACCUGUGUGGCAGCACACGAAUGUCUUUUGCAGUUAUCUCGUUAGCACUUAAUGCCAUUCAUUUCGCUUGAGUGACACAUGUAUUGCAAGGCUCUUAUGGAAUGUAAACGUUUUUCUUGCAUCGACGUGGACAAGGGUAACUUUGACGUUUAGGAGAAAGGAGAUGUGCUGUGCUGUAGCUUGUGGUUUUCAGCUAGAACUGUUGCUUAUACCCUCCCUGUGGGAACAUGGCACAUCUAGUCAAAUUUACACUGUCAUCUUUCCUGCAAAUGAGUGUAAAUUGGCUUUAUUUUAGAUAUGUGAAACGGGUAUUUACUGCUGUGGAUACCAAAGGGAGACUGGAACGAAAUACGGAAUAAAUGGAUAUUGGAGGAGUAUUUCUCAAAAAAUUUUGCACUUCUUCAAUGAAGAAAAGUUUUCAGCGGAGAAAAGUGAGGCUAAACUUUCUAUAUUUUACAAAAUCAAUUGAAUGAGUACGAUGUCGCAGAUUUCAUUGCAUUGUCAGGUGUUUUCGAUGUGUUCACGAAGAAAAUGUUCCCAAAGGUAACCAGGUUGAGUUCCUGGUUAGAUUUGAAUGCAGUGUGAUCUUCAUUAAUAAACAAGAAACUGGCUCAAAGUAGACACUGUCAAAAUUGUUAUCAUGGUUAAAUGGUGCAGGAAAUGUUGUUUCUGUGUCCAUACUGGCUUUUUGUAUUUUGAUUACAAUAAAGAUGAUUUGUUUGGGA